AUGUCCCGAUUGAUAUUUUUAUCUAUUUUAUCUCUAUUAUUUGUAUUAAAUUCUUUUAAUACAAUUAGAGCAAUUGCGAUAAACUAUAGUAUUAGACCAACUUUAGUCGGUAGUUCUGGUACUUGUUCAAAUGCAAUCAAUUUUAUUGUGCAAUUAAAUUACACUUUGAGAGAUUCGGAUUUUAAGCCUCUUUACAGUAGUACUCAUGAUUUUUUUAUUGCGAAUAUCGUUAAUGAUGGAGAGAACCAAAUGUUUACAUUUGAUUUUUCGUAUGCAAAGCUUGCCAAUACCGACUAUCUAAAUGUGACAUUCAACAUUACCAGACCAUUCGAUCCAAGCUUUCCUUUUCCAAAUGGUUACUCAUUCCCAGUUGGUGAAUUUAUUUGUAGAAAUGUUUCAAGUGAACAAUUUCAAAUAAUGAGAAGAGGACAACCAUUUGCAACUAGCUCUGGACUUCAAACUCAAAUAUUACAAUUCAAUAUUGAUCCGUUUUUCUAUAAAGUGACUCAGCUAAAUUUAUUGACAUGCACUGCCAUAGGUUUUGAAUCUUAUUUGGUAUGCGCCAUCGAUCAACCAAUGUCAGGAAAGUCAGGUCAAUAUAAUUUAGUUCUUUUGCUAUAUGCUGGAUAUUCAGCGAUUCCUCCCAGUAUCACAGUAAGAAUUGAUGGUUAUGGAAUGACAAUCUAUCAGAGUAUUGAAACUAUAUUCCCAAUAAAUAAUAAUAGAACUACACAAUAUAUAUCUGGCGAGAGCUAUCCAAAUUCAACUGAUACGAUUCAACAAGACUAUCAACAUAUAGACUAUAAUUAUAUUAUAUUCCAUAGAUUAAAGAAUUUCAACUCUCUCCUCCUUCCUAAAGGAUACAUUUCACCACGUCCAUUCCCUGUCUUUAGAAAUGAGACUGAUAUAGUUUUUACAAGUGUGAGUUCAUAUCAAAACUCUUCUAGUAAAUAUACUACCUAUUUGUGUGAUCGCACUUCGGAUCUUGUCUACGAUUACUCAUCAACAUUGAUUCCAUUUGAUUUUAAAGAUACUAGUUCGUUCAGUAAUUAUAUUGACAGUGAGACAAAUACUGUGUUUUUCAUUACAAAUAUAAACUAUCAAUCAGCACUCAAUAUUACAGUAUCAAUUAAAGUUGAUACUCUAGAUUUUGCAGUAUCAAACUUUUAUCCAUAUGUUUUAGAUUAUACAAAUAAUCCUCCAAGAUUUAAUUAUACAUUUUUGUUACCAUUUUCGAUUGGACCAAAUGCAAAACCUAUUUAUGUAAAUAUAAGUCCAUAUUCAAUUGCUAGAUCAUAUAGUUUACCGAAGAAUUCUACAGCACCAGCUCAAUUUUUAACAGUCUUUGAAAGUUUUGAAAUGAGAAAUCUGACAGGUAACUCUGUUCUCAUUCGUGUAAGAGUAAGAUCAAACUAUCAGAUAUUGUACUUCGUCUUUGCACCUUUGCCAGAUUUUAUAAAUGUUGAUAAUAGAAAUCUAGUGGAUGGAAAUGAAUUCAAUGGAACAUAUGAAUUCCAAUAUAUCGAAAGUUUAACAUAUUUCAAGUUUUCACAAAACAAUAUAACAUUGGAUGGUGGUGAUAAUAUUUUAGAAUUAAAUAUUAGUUUGGCUGAUGAUAUUAUCGACAUGAUAGAUUCUGUAAAAUUCACACUUCCAACUCACAAGAAGACAUUUGUUGCACGAUAUGAUCAAAAAUUGAAUCUUUAUGUUUUCAAUAUAAAACUACCAAUCGAUUUAAAUUAUGGAACUUUAGAAUAUUAUUUAUCUAUUAAUAAUAUUAAUUUUGAAUAUUUUAAUAUUUUUGACAAGUAUGGUGACAGUGCUUUGUUAUUUGUUUCAAAAACAUAUAAUAAAAUUGGAUUUUUUAAACCAAUUGUAACUGAAGUAAUAUUAACGACAUCAGGUUUGGUUGAUCCAAAUGGACAGAUAACAGUUGGUUGGUCAAUAAGAAUUGUUGAAUCAUAUAUUGGUAUUUCAAAUGGAACUGUUUCUGUAAUUUCAGAUCGUGACUAUUUGCCAAGAGUAAUCAGUUUCAACGAAUUAAAUUUAAUUGAAGGUGAUAGAUUCAAUGGUCUUUAUAAUAUCAGUUUUGUACUCAAUGGCAAUUGUGUUUCACAAACCUUCAAGAUUGCAAAUAUUUCAUUAUUUGACUAUGAUCAAGAAUUAAAUAGAGCUGAUUAUCUUUUGUUUAGUACUUUGAUACAAUCAAAAGAACUACCAAUUAAAUAUGAUUAUCUUUCAUUUAUUUAUGGAUCAACAACUUAUAAAAAUCAAUUAACUUCGUCUGUACCAAUUUCUUGUAAUAAUCCAGGAGAUAUUAAUCCACCAUCAAUUAGUAGUUUUACAUUCAGUUCAUCAGUGGAUGUUGGUACUUUGGAUAGAACGGUUGAGUUCAAUUUAACAACAUUUGAACUCAGCACUGAAUCAGGAGUAUCACUUCGACACCAUCCAGUUAUUCAUUUAAAUUCAGAGAAUACCAAUCAUAUUCAAUUGACAACUAAUAUUGUUAAUAUUUCUGGUGAUUUUGUAAACUACAAUGUCAAAGUUCAACUUCCAUUUGCAUUUGGAAUGAAUUAUAUUUUUGUCAGUGUAUUUGGAAUUGUCGAUAACAAUUUGAACUACAAAGCAUAUAAUAGUUUGGAAUUGAAAAAUCUAAAUUUCAAAUAUUACAUCAAACGAGAGUUUUCAUUGAUAACUCCAAUCAUUGAACAUUCAUCGGAAUUGACAAACAGAGGUGGAUCAUUGACAAUUUAUGGCAAAUCAUUUGGAUUGAACAAUGAUAAUAUGGUAUCAUACAUUGAUUAUGGAAAUGGUUAUGAAACAAUUGAAUUAACUUUCCAUUCUGGUAUCAUUUUACAAUUUAAAAACAGAAUUAAACCAAUCAAUUCAAAUUUCGUUAAAUUCAAAGUGAUAAGAAACUCGAUAUCAUCAAAUGAAUUCAUUAUUCCAGUUAUUCAAUUACCUCCUCUUUCAACACCAACUCCAACUCCAACUUCAGUACCAGUGAAAUGUCCAGGAACACCAUCAUGCAAUAAUAAUGGACAAUGUAUCAAUUCAAUUUGUCAAUGUAAUCAACCUUGGUAUGGUCCAUCUUGUUCUUCAAAAACUAUCAUUGUUCCAAUUCCACCAGCAUAUCCAGAACCAGCAACAGGUACAAAUGUAACAACAUCUGGAAGUUUAAUUACAACAUCAAUUGAAAUCAUUGGAAUCAGAGAAUUGGAUGAUAUCAAUAAUAUCGUUGAACAAUUCAACAUCAGUACUUGGAAUUUCACAGAUCAAACAACACCAACAACCAAUCCAAAAUAUUUCUAUUCAACACAAAUCAAUCAACGAUCAACCAUAUUAAAUGUGACAAUUGAAUAUUUCAAACAAUCAACAAACAUCACAUUUGCAAAUCAGAAUCUAUUCAUUCCACAAUCAACAAUCAAAUUCACAAUGAAUCUGAAUUCAUAUCGAUUCAAACAACCAACCAACACAUUACAAAUAUUGAUGAAGGCAACGAUUGAAAGUGAUCAAUCAGAUGCUUGUUCAUCAUCUGGAUUUGGAUCAGUGAAUGGAUCGAUUCAAUGGAUCAAAUUGAAUGUUGGAGAUCAAAGUCUUUAUGGAAGAUUCUUAUCUGAUGGUAUGAUUGAUAAUACAGUUACACCAAUCAAGAAUGUUAUCAUUGAUCAAGAUGAUGUCGAUUCAGAACAAAACAAACAAUUCCGAUCAGCAAUUGUUGGAAUCACCAUUCCAUCAUAUUCAGAUUCUGUUGAUUUAGAUCCUGAUUUCUCCAAUCUCAUUGAUGUUGGUUCAAGUGACACCUCUGACUUUAUCUGUGCUGAUAAGAAAGGAUUGUCAACUGGUGCAAUUGUUGGUAUUGUUGUUGGUGGUGUUGUGUUCAUAGCUAUUUUAGUGGGUGGAAUUCUGUUUGCAAAAAGAUAUCACAAAUUUAGAAAACAAGAUAUCAAAUUGCAAAACCGUUUAUCUAAACAUUAA